GAUCACUCUUGACUCAGCCCAUGAGCAAGGCAUUGCCUGAAUGCAGAGCCACCAUAGGAACGUAGGCCUGUGUGUUCAUUCCGGUGAAAUGCGACCAAAGGUGAAGAAUAAUAUGUUUCCCCCUGCCCAUGUAUAGAGGUGGUGGCUCUGUGAACGGUGAUCUUGCUGUCCGCAGUGAGAUCUGCUCGGUCCAGCAGAGUAAUGGUGGUCCAUCUAUUGGAUUAAGGGAGGGAUUUCAACCCUGGUUUUAAUCUGUGGAGACAGCAGGCUACCGGGAAAGCUGUCAUCUGUCUCGGGUCUCUGGCCGUCACUCUGUGCACUGUUUCCCGAACGCCACGUUUACGACAAUACGGUGGAAUACGAGCGCGAGAGAGAUAGGGAGGGAGAGACCAUAGUGGUGCAAGAUGAAUCUCUUCUGCUUUUCACUGGAGGGCUCCAUUGACAGCCUGUAUGAGGCGGUGCAGAGCUCCGGGGACGGGGCCGCCCUCGCCGUGCCCAGCCGUCACUCCAGCCACUCCUGCAGCCGCUCCUCCAGCCCUGGGGUGCUACGGGAGGACAGCAGCCGCUGGAAGGGGACUGGGAGGUCUAUCUCCAUGGAGAUAUCUCAGAUGCAUGGGACCACUGCUAAAAAGAAGAAACGAAGAACGCACGCAUCCAAAUCAGCAUCAGAUGUCAAAGCCCUCGAUAACCCCUGCGGUAAUGCUGCUGCCUGGCCGGCUUCCAUGAGCCAAGAAGAUUUAGCCCACGUUACAAACAGUCAGGAUGAAGGGCCGGGGAAGUCCAGGCGUAGGACGGACGCUAAAGGAGCCAAUGGAAGCCGCCCGCCGGGCGCCAAGAGGAAGGAUAAACCGCUCCCCCAGGCUGGUGUGUUUGAGAGAAGGAGGCUGAGUGAGGACUGGUGUGGCAGCCUCCAGAGAGAGCCUAGCGUCCAUGCUAACGGCGUGGCCACAGAGCCCAGAUCAGCUGCUAAAAGAGGCCACAAACCUGGGAAGAAGGUGGUCGGGAAGGCUGGUAAAGAGGGUAGCAGGAGGUGUCACAGCAAUACAGGCUCCAUGUGCGCCGCCACACAGGCAGCUCCCUCCUCAGACGACCCAUACAGGACCUACCCAGGCAAGGCCUCCACGCUGCCUGUCCAGAAGACCAGCAGCACCCACCCCCAUCACCCCCAGAACCCCCAGCAGCGGCUGGGCACCGUGGCCGGGAGCAGCCCAGCCUGGUCGGACGUCAAGCACACCUGCUGCAGGCCGCUGGCGGACUACCGACCCCACUCCGGAGACUUUACGGCGUCUUGUGGGAGGGAGUGGGAGGAGACAGCAGACCAGGAGGCGGGGGAGAAGGCUCUAUCGGGCCCUCGGGGGCCACCGCGAGUGCGCCGAUCCUCCACUGAUACAGACCUGACGGAUCCUAAUGUAAGUGGCCUUUUAUGA